GAAUAAGGAGUGCGGGGGGAGUCCAGAGAGAAGCUGGAGUCUUCCGCAUGCUUCCGGAGCUUUGCUGUUGCUUUGCUGGGGGAAACAGCACGUGGGAAAGCGGGAAAAGCACUUUCUGAAUUGAGGACAUCUUCUUCUGCUCCGGUAUAGUCCCUGGCUCACCCAGAGAAUUGGCAACUCUGAAGCCUGCCUGAGUCACAGAUAGUGUGGGCAUAACAGGAGCAGAGUUAUUGCCCUCUCCAGCUAGAGAGGAUGGCUGCUGAUCAGGGAGCAACAGAAGCUGAGGUCCCGCAGCUUGAAGCCGUAGUCGAUACUGGCACAAGUCCCAUCAUUAAAAUAGAGGCACCAGAGAUGACAGACCUUGUACCGAGUGACACGACAACAGAAAGUUCCAGAAAGGGUCUCCAUGUUGUUCCUGGAUGGGGCUCUUUUGUCGAGGCUACAUUGUCCAAGGUUGAGACAACUCUGGGAGAAUUUCAGAGCUUGGUGACACCUGACCACAUUAAACAGGAACCAGGUGAGCCCCUGUGGGAAGCCCGGUGGCAGGAAUUCCUGAAGGCGGUCCAGUUGCCACAGGCUAAGUCCUCGGAGGUCAAUCAAGAAUGCGAGACCAAAUCUGAAGAGGCAGCUGACAUCUCUGAGUGCCUGGAAGGGCAGAGAGUGACCAAACUCCUGUUGAGCCACCACAACGGAGCCCUCCGGAUUUCUUCCUCCCCAGGCCUCGGAGCUUGUGGGGAAGCAAAAGAUGAGACCUGUGGAGAGGAGAUUCUUGGUGCUGAGACCCAACGCCAACAGUUCCGGCAGCUGUGCUACCAGGAGGCGAAGGGACCCCGUGAGAUCUGUAGCCAGCUCUGGUAUCUCUGCCAUCGAUGGCUGAAGCCGGAGAAACGCACCAAAGAGCAGAUACUGGAGCUGGUCAUCCUGGAACAGUUCUUAGCCAUCCUGCCAUCAGAGAGUCAGAACUGGGUCCGGGAAGGCAGGCCAGAGACCUGCACUCAGGCCGUGGCCCUGGCUGAGGAUUUCCUGCUGAGGCAACACGAGGCCAGGAGGCCAGAGCAGCAGGUUCUGGGAACAUUUGAGGAAGCAGCAGCAAGCAUCCCUGAAGCAGACCACACAUUGUCAGAAGCUGCGGAGGGACAUCCCUGCCCAGAGAUCAAGCAGGAAAAUGAUGGGGAUGCUGCUUUGCUUGAUGUUGGCUGGGAGGGAAGAAUUGAUGGAGACCCACGUGGAGCACUGCUGGAAAGAAGCAAGCUUCAAGAUACAGAAGAAAAUGUGAGAAAACUUGAUGGACAAGAGAGGCAGCAGAAAAACAAGGCAGAGAAGUGGAAGGAGAAAUCUAGCAUGUCCCCCCCUGCAUUUAAAGUCAAGCAGAGGUUAUAUGAAGGAAAAAGAAGGUAUUUGUGCAGUGUCUGUGGAGACUAUUUCACUUGUAAAUCAAGCCUUAAUAGACACCAGGUAACUCACACAGGGGAGAAUCCACAUCAGUGCCCACACUGUGGGGAGAAAUUCACUCGGAGAGCUAGCCUUAUGGUCCACCUGAGAAUCCACACGGGGGAAAAACCAUGCAAAUGUUUCACGUGUGGGAAAUGUUUCAGUGUAAACUCGACACUUAUCCGGCAUCAAAGGAUCCACACAGGUGAGAAGCCGUACCAGUGCUUUGAUUGUGGGGAAAGCUUCAACCAGCGUUCGAUCCUGAUCUCACACCAGCGGAUCCACACGGGAGAGAAACCGUAUCAGUGCUCAGAUUGCGGAGAAAGCUUUCGGGACAAGUCAAGCCAUGUCAGGCACCAGAGAAUCCACACGGGAGAGAAACCGUACCAGUGCGCAGACUGCGGUGUGAGCUUCCGUGAUAAAUCGAGCCGAAUUAGACAUCAGAGAAUCCACACAGGAGAGAAGCCCUAUAAAUGUCUGGACUGCGGGGAAAGCUUCAGUCAGAGCUCCACCCUCAUUAGACACAGAAGGAUUCACACCAGCGCAGUGGCAUACAAAUGCCCAGAACCUGUGGAAUCCUUAGAAGAUAAAUCUAAUCUUGAAAGUCACCAGGAUAUUCACACAGAAGAGAAAACACACUACUACCAAGACUGUGGUGAACCCAGCAGUCUGGUCCCAAACUUGCUUGAGCAUCAGAAAUUCACACAGUAGAGAAACCGUAACCAUGUUGGGGUGUUGUGGGGUUUUGGGGCCAUGUUGCAGUAGCAUUUGGCCAUAGAGCCCGAAAGCCCCACAACACUCCAGUGAUUCCAGCCAUGAAAGGCUUCGACAGUACAUAGCAACCAUGUUCUCGUUGUAGCAGAGUUUUAGCGUAUGCCUUGCUAAUUACCCAGAAGCACAAGUAUGAGGAAAUGCCUGCCUUCCUGUCCAUAGCUAAUCCUCACCAAGCCCCUUAGCACUGGCAAGGAAGCCCUGUGAUCUACAAAAUACCCUCUACAAAACUGCCAUCUUGGCCAAUGGUUGUGGAAUCACUGGCCAUCCUCACAAUAAAGUUCACUCUACAGUUGAUAGGUAUCCUGGCAGUUUCUGUUUCUUCCUCAAGAGGUGACUCAUGGAAGAUAUUGGGCUGUUUUCUUCUUCCAAACCAUCAUUUCCCCUUUCUGCAGGGCUGAGUUUUGAUCCCUCUCUGUACUACCUCGUAAUACCAGUUACUUGGGAAGCGCUAACAGCAAGUGAAGAUAACUGCCUUUGUUUAAUGUCUGCCAACAUCCCACCCUGCCCACCAAUAUUCAGCAGAUUCCCACAGGCCAGGGUAGAUUAACUCAUAAGACACCUUCUUCUCUUAGCCAUAAUAUGGCCACAAACGCAAAAGUAUGGCCUAUCGAUAGAAAUAAACAGAUGAAUGAAGGCUCAAUAGGCUUCACAAAAUCCAUUAAGAAAGGGGAUAUCGGUACAUGACUCCAGGGAAAAGAACUUUUAUUUGAUUUUAUUUGUAUGUUGCCUUUCCCCUUAACAGGCUCUGGGCUGGUUCUAACAUAUCGCCUUACAAUCAUGACACAUAAAACCAUAAAUGACAAACAGUUAAAAUCUCGUAUGUUGGAUAAAAUCAAUUUACAUUAAAAUAACACAUUAGUAACCCCGACAGCACGAACAGUAGAAGGGAGGAGGCCGUUUGGGUGGUGCAACCAUAGCUGCUUCAACCAUAAACCUGGUGGAACAGCUGUGUUGCAGGCCCUGUGGAAUUUCAUCAAGUCAUGCAGGAUCCCUUUUUUAAAAAUUGUGUGUGUGUGUUCGCGUGUGUGCGCAAAAUGCCAUGAAGUCACAGCUAACUUAUGGUGACUGCCCUUUAACAUAGAGGUUCCAUUUUGUAGUUUUGGCUAAUGGUUUUUAAUUGAGGUGUCCUAAUAAAAAUAAAUUAACUAAAGUGCUUAAACCCAUACCCCGCAUUUGUGUGAAGUUAAAAACACAUUUGUUAAUAAAGAGGUAGCUUGUGAAAAAUAAUUUCUUUGGCAAAGGAAGCAUCUUUCCUUAGUACCUGCAUUCUGAUACCCUUUCAGGUGGGAAGCUAGGAAGAGAAACUGUCACAUUAUGUGCGAAGUUUGUGCUCUUUGCAAACCCCUCUUUUCUCAGGGAUUUAUAUCUUCACUAGUAAAAGAAUCAAGCUCUUCUGAUGUUUGUUGAAUUCAUGCAGUCAUAAUUAUGUAUAAAUUCUGUUUAUAUUCCACAUAAAUUUUGUAGAAGGCACACUUUCCUGUUUUCCUUCAGUACACUGUAUAAUUCUGUUUACAUUGAAUAAAGAGCUUAUUUCUGUA